AUGGAGUCAUCAGACUACGAAAAUAUAUCCAUGAGCAUUUACAGCCAAAUGGAAGAAGGCGCUUCACAAAAGAAUAAAUCACCGCUAAAAGAUCUCGGAAAUAUACUAGAUAAUUCUCAUGCUGAAGGCUCGAAGUCCGGAGUUGCAAUGAAUACCAAUGAUUAUAGAAGACUGGAACGUUUGUAUGGAGAUUCCAUCAUACGCAUCAACGACCUCAUUCGUCAUCUGGAACGAGCGGAAAGCGAAUUAAUGGACAAGGAGAAGCAACUAGACCUUCACUUACGUAAAAUCCAUGAGCUUUCGAUGGAUAACAAAACGAUCACGAACGAACUCAAACAAGAGAGGGAACUACAUGAUAAAGAAUACUUAAAUUGGACAGAAACACGAGAGAAGUUGGAAAAAAAAAUCGACCAGCUGAAUCAGACAUUGCAUAACCUACUACAAAAUAACAAGUCACUUGAGCAGAUACAGACAGAUAACAUAUCGCUCCAUGUUGAUGAUCUCUCACGAAGUAAAUUAGAAGUGGAUAGGCUGACCAAAAAAAUCACAAUCUUGGAAAAAGAGAACCAACUAGAAGCGCAUUCAAAGAUUUUGAUCAUCGAGGAGCUUGAAAUGUUCAAGGUGAGAUUUAGUGAGCUCGAAGAAAGAUACGAAAAGCUCAAGGAUGAAUACGCUGAAUUACUGGCUGAAUUGAGCAUGGACUCCACGUCCGAUAUCCGAAUGAACGAAGCUUCAGAUAUAAUCACGGACGAUCUUAAAGCCACAUUAGCUGAGGAACUUCAGGAAUUGGGCAUAAAUACAGUCGCUGGCUCAAGAAGGAGUAGUCGACAAACGAGCUUGAACAUCCUUAACAAUAUCGAACGAGACAGCAUAGAGAGGAAGUAUUCACAAGAGCUUACAAAAAUGAGCUUCCAGAUAAAAUCUCUGGAACUGCAAAAUGAAAAACUCCACUCAUACAUCGGUUUUUUGCUUCAGCAUAUACCUCGAGAAGAAGCUGAUGGCGUUGCGAUUUACAAAGAUCAGUUGGAUUAUGAAUACUCGGAUGAGAUCAAUAUCUUGAACGCGAAAAAGACCUUGAGGAAAGUGAUCAGAAGCGCUUCUGCUUUACCUAUCAGGCCGCAAACGUAUAAUUCGACGCAUAUUAAUCUGGACGAUUUGGAAGGACCCUUUGGACGCCGGAGUUCGUUCUCUGAAAUGCUCGAACGCAAAAAUAGGCUCUCAUACAACACAAACACGUCGCUGAGCGACCAAGACAACAUUUUUGAUUCAUCACAUCAGGCCGAAGACGUCGAAUAUGUGGAACUUGGGGAUUCAGAUUUCACAAUCUCUGAGGAAGAUUUUGAGGAGGAAGGUUUGGAUAACAACGAAUCACUGAACGUGUCUUUCACGGUGGACCUUACACCAUCGUUAAAUAUCAAAAAGCGAAAGAAAUCCAAACUUUUCAAACGGACUCCUAAAAAGCAAAUCGAGAAAUUGACCAUCUUUGGGUCACCAUCGUCAGGUGAUCCUUGCUCGACUCUUGUUGGGCACCCGUCACUAAAAGCUUUGCGCAAGUACGCAUCCAGCCUCGAGCUGAUCGGUGAGGACGAGAAGGAGGACGAACAUAAAGAAAACUACGAUAAUAUCUUGUACGAUUGUGCGAGAUGCAAAGAUGACGAUUUUGCUAGGAUUGAGGUGACCGCGGAAGAGCUGAACAUGUUUCGAAUUCAGUUCAGAAAAUUAUUGUGCCCAAAACACUUCAUCAUUCAAUGCUGUUGUGACGAAAACAGCCUAUCUGGGCCGAAAGUAAUCCGUCGCUUGCUCUACGUGCUGGGUUGGCCGACUAAAAAUCAGAAAGUGCCUGAAACCGAGGUAUUUGAGAUCGAUUAA